GAGCAGGCGUAGAGGAAGUGGCGGCUGAUCUGGGUCCGCACCUUUUCCGGUAACACAGCACCCUCCGCCGCCGUGACUGAACAGCCGGGGAAGCGAGAGAGCGGCAAGAGAGGGGAGAAACGGCCGGGGGACUGGGUGAUGAUUGCCGCAGACGUUGGGGGGGUGGAGAAGAAAAACUCGGAUGAAUCAAUGACCUUCUGAUCGAACACCCCCUUCACCCGGCUGGACGGACCAGACCAGGGAGCUAAUAUCCGGGUGGAUUUUUAAAAAAAGAAAAGAAAAGAAAAGAAGGACCCCCCCCCCCCCCCCAAAAAAAAAAAAAAACCCGUGGUUUUGGAUUCUACCGACUGCGAUUGGCUAAAGGGCAAGUGUGGGAACCCCGGGUUUGGUGGGACUGGGCCGGAUUAUUUUAUAGUGUUUUAAGAAGAAAAAAACAAUAACAAUACAAAUCUGCUCCGUAUCAAGUCCAGCUUUUUUUGUUGUUUACAGGAGAGUUGAAAUGUGGAUUUUAAAGGAAGCCUAGUUUGAAACGAGAGGUGUGGGGGGGGGGGGGGGAGUGUCAUAUUUCCCAGUGAGAAGUCACCCGCUCAGGUCACACCUGCUGAUUGCGCCUCUCACCGCCUUUUUCAAAUGUGGUGACGUCACGUGGAAGGACGUCAGGUUGCAUCGAAGAACAUUUUUUUUGUUGUUGUUUUCUUUUCUUUUUUCUUCUUCCGCUCCCACAAAAGUAUUUAUGCACAGCAAACAAGAUGGGGAAAAUGAUCUCAAAGAUCUUUGGCAACAAGGAGAUGAGAAUAUUGAUGCUUGGACUUGAUGCCGCGGGUAAAACCACCGUCCUGUACAAGCUGAAACUGGGACAGUCGGUCACCACCAUCCCCACGGUGGGCUUCAACGUGGAGACCGUCACCUACAAGAACGUGAAGUUCAACGUGUGGGACGUCGGGGGACAGGACAAGAUCCGCCCGCUCUGGAGACAUUACUACACGGGCACCCAGGGCCUCAUUUUCGUGGUGGACUGCGCCGACCGGGACCGCAUCGACGAGGCCAAGCAGGAGCUCCACCGGAUCAUCAACGACCGGGAGAUGAGGGACGCCAUCAUCCUGAUCUUCGCCAACAAACAGGACCUCCCGGACGCCAUGAAACCCCACGAGAUCCAGGAGAAGCUCGGCCUGACCCGGAUCAGGGACAGGAAUUGGUACGUCCAGCCCUCGUGCGCCACCACGGGGGACGGACUGUACGAGGGCCUGACCUGGCUCACCUCCAAUUACAAAUCUUAAUGCUGAUUGGUCCCUUCACCGGCCUGGACACUUGGAGGCGAGAGAAAGAGAAAAAAAAAAAAAAAAAGCGAGAUCGCCGCUGAGCACGAAAACAAGAGUUUGAGGAAGAAGAGAAGAAAAAAAAUGCAAUCUGAAGCAAUUUAAUUACCACAACCUCUCUGCCGAGUGUACGUCAAAGAGAGGAGCAAUUAUAUCUUGUUUUAUUUUCCUUUUUUUUUUGAUAACAAUGAGUUCAAUAUAACCCCAGAUUUCAUUUAAACAAGAGGACAUUUAUCUUUCUUUUUUUGGCUGGCUUUCCUUUGCUUUGGUUCACAUUCUGUAUAAUCAGUAGGCUACUGUUUAAAUACGCAAUCCGCUCGCUUUGGAGCUCUUCUUUUUUUUUGUAAUUCC